CUUCGCAUGUUGUGUUUCCCUAGUGAACGACGACGACCGCCGAGCAAACACAGAACACAGGAUAGUGGAGGGAGAGUUAGUCGAAAAUCUGUUUUACAACAGUGAAAAUCCUGACCUUUCGGGAGGCAGCGCUUUUCGCAUGAAAAUCUCCGUACGCACAAUCAAGAAAAUGGACUCCCAACCACCACCAGAAGUACUGGUAGACGAUAGUUAUUUAGUGGAGUGUUUAGAAGAAGCUUUUUGCAGUGUACAACCAGAAGUUCGUGGCUUAUCAGUAUUGGCACAGUAGUUCAUCUCUUGGACUCGUUCUGGAGGGGAUAUAGAAUGGGUGCAUAUAUUUCGCAGUUUACUGUCAGUGCUAAGCUUUUCAACUCAUAACCUUUGGUAGUGUAUCGCUAUUAGACGUGACUUGGAUGCUGAGAAAAUGGUGUCAUUUCGGGAGUGUGAAAAAUAUUGAAGAUUCGAAUCGGCAAUGUGGCGCAUUUAGCAAGAAAACAAUCAGUGGGUGUACAAGUGAUACAACAUAUAAAAACGAACAACAAUCAUUUUGUGAGCUAGAGCCUCUCUUUUUGGAAAGUGUAUUGUAGAACCAUCAUCGUCUCUAGGAAAUUGAUGUGCCUUUCAAACUUUUAACUGGUCACCCUCCAUAGAACCCAGCAUAUAGCACCAACCAAUCAGAAUAGCAUACUCAAGUUAGAAACUUCAAUCCCCCUCUGUUAGAAGAAUAACAAUAUUAUCACUGUAUCCUACGACGACGACGACGACGACGUCAAGAGAUUUAAUCGGAACCGUGCUCUUCACGGACGCUUGCGUUAUUUGUGCAGCAGCAGCAGCAACAACCAAAAGUGUAGCAACAUUUUAUGGAUUUAGGGAAGAAACUUCAGCAUAUAUUUAUCUCCUUGUACCGUAAGCUUCUUAGCGCGACUGGCGACUAUUGAACAUCUUUUAAAGUAAUCAUCAUAUCAAACCCGAUAUCUCUACUUGAAUAAAUAUUAUACACUUAUAAUAUCAUAUCGACAAUUUAUAUAUAUACACACACACGAAACUACAAAUUUUAUCUCACCUAGCUGCUAGUCGUAUGCAUAGAACAAGUGUAGUGAAAUAGUGAAAAGAAGCAAACACAACGGACACAGCAGUAACUCAGCAUCAACAAGUGGGCCAAAGAAGUUCUCGAGAAUCGAUUUAAGAAGAACAACACUUUCCUUCCAAUCCACAAUCCAAUCAAAGCACACCAUGAAGCGCCGAAACGACUACAAGGUGGCCAUGGCCGAAAGCAUGGAACUGGAACCGUUGGGUGGCAUGGACAAAUCUUCCGACACCAAACGCAACGGAAUUAACAAAUACGGUGGCGAUAGUACCAGUGGUCGUCCAGGACGUGAAGGCGUCGCCGUUUGUUCACAGAAGCGAGCACUAUGCGUGACGGCCAUUGUUCUGGGAACCCUGCUGGCCACCGCCUUGGUGAUAGCCUACGCCGGUCCCCAAAGCGUGUGUCCAUGCGCUGGAAAGAUACCGCCCGGGUUCGUCGUGGAAGGCUACAACAGUUCGGAACCCUUCGAACCGAUUGCCACGAAUGGCCAACCGUUUCCCUGGCUCUUGCCAACACUGCCGAACAAUGUACGACCCAAUCGGUACAUGUUGACCAUUCACCCGAACCUGACGACGAUGGACGUGAAGGGUCAAGUGACGGUUGAGUUCUACGUUGAGAAGGAAACUAGUUUCAUCGUGCUACACGCACAAGAUUUAAAUAUCACAGAGAAGGCGUUGGUAGGACCGAAGGGGUACUCCCUGAAAAUUCUGCGAAUACUGGAGUAUCCACCAAGGCAGCAGUUGUACAUAGAGCUACGGGAUAAACUACGCAAGAAGACCAACUUCACUCUCAGCAUUCGAUGGCACUCGAAAAUGAUCACCGAGCCGGAUGGGUUCUUUGUCGACGUCUUCGAACCGGAGCCAGAUGUUAAGAAAAUUCUGGCAGCGACAGUAUUAAAGCCUGGAAGUGCCCGGAAAGCAUUUCCCUGCUUUGAUGAACCACAUUUGAGGGCAUCUUUCAGGAUAUCGUUGUUCCGAGACCGGUUCCACAUAGGAUUGUCCAAUUCGAUCGUGCAGGAUACGGAUGACGUUGGAUUCUACAUGGGAACGGGUCUGCUUCGAGAUGACUUUGCCGAGACGCCCCCUCUUCCACCGAACUCGAUCUCCUGGGUGAUCAGCAGUUUUAAGCGUCAACUGCUUGAUCCCUCGCCUAUCUACCAGAUGGUCAAUAUCACCAAGGAUACCCAUAAGCCACUGCUGGAACCGACGAAACAGCCAGCGAAACUGACCAAAGCGGAGAAGAAACCAUUCCGCAAUCUAACUGCCGUUCUACUGUCCAAGAAUCUUUUCAAACUAACAAACAAUAUCCCACAUAGCACUACCAAGCCAUCUACCGUGAACGAAUCCAGCAGCGCAGUAUCCGAUGCCGUAGCGGCAAACGUAAUUCAGGGAACCCGUACCAAACAAGGUGGAAACGGAACCGAGACCAAUCAUACCAGAGCGAGUGAUGCACUGGAAAUCAAGACAGCACCGGCGUAUUCGUUCUACGCCCCACAACCUUACGUAGACAAGGGCAGUUUCGUGCUACACACAUCCAGGGAUAUUCUGGAGUAUCUUCAACAGUGGUUGGGUGUGGCGUAUCCACUGUCAAAGCUAGACUUUAUCGUGCUGCCGAACUUGAACGAUGACUUUACCAGCUCACUUGGGUUGAUCGUAUUCCGGAUGUCGUUCCUGAACUCACCGGAGGAUGUCUCCACUAAGGAUUACCACAUGUCUGUGGUAAAGAUAUCGGAGGGUAUCGUUAAGCAGUACUUUGGAGGACUAAUUUCACCGAAGACCUGGAAACACGUUUGGCUCUGGGAAGGCAUUAUCAAGUAUCUGAGCAGGUUUAUACUGACACCGAUCAAGCCACUGUGGCCGAUGAAUGAGUUGUUCUUGAUUGAGACCACUACGCGAGCCAUGGACAUCGAUGCCUUGCAAGGUUGGGAAAGUUUGAACCUUGGGACUUCCGAAACUGGAGACAACGAAGAAUUCUACAUUGACAAAUCGGCUUCGAUGCUUUCCAUGCUACAAUCAGCCAUUGGGGAAGUCAACUUCCGCCACUGUUUGGGGAAGUUCAUCAAAACGUUCAAAUUCAUGACCGCAGAGCCAGCAGAUCUGUGGUCGAUCUGUGCACGACAGGUCAACAACAGUAAAAAUGUCAAAGAGAUGAUGAACUACUGGACUAACCUGCCAGGAUUCCCAUUGGUCAAUGUCAGCCGACAAGGAAACGAGUUUCACAUCAGCCAAACCCCGUUUGCUCCAGCUGAAUUCGUUGCUAUUCAUGACGAUCCGAAUGUUGAGGAAAACGACACCACAUCCACGACCACAACGACGACGGUUGCCCUGACCACUAGCGGCAAGGACAAGAAACGUACCCGAUGGACAUUCCCAAUCACCUAUUUCACCAGCAAUAAAGAUCAACAUCCAAAAACUAUGUGGUUCAAUUCGACCGAAACCAAAAUUACACUCGAUCACUCGCCGGAAUGGAUUAAGCUGAAUCACGAUCAAACAGGAUACUACCGGGUGCUGUACGACGACGAUAAUUGGUCCAAGUUGGUCCAGCAGCUGCAAAUCAAUCAUCAGAUCUUCAGCACACAGGAUCGCGUCGGUCUCGUUUCGGAUAUCUUCACCCUAUGCCACGGCAAUCUGCUCCGCUGUGAUUACGCGAUGGAUUUGAUAACAUACUUUCCAACGGAACAGGACUGGGGUCCGGUUCUCGUGGGACUGAAGCAUCUGGAAAAAUGGCGCAAGAUCCUGAAGUAUUCCGAAUGCUACCUCGUCCUGGCGGAGUACAUCCGUCAGAAUUUGGCCAAAUCGAUUCGUGACCUAACCUGGAACGACACCGGGAAAGAAGAGAUAAAACUGCUACGACCGACGGUGCUACUGAGUGCAGUCCUCUGGGAAGAACCGGACGCGAUUCGAAACGCCAAAGAGCUAAUGAACGACCAAGCGAACAUCCCACCAAAUCUACGCUCGGUAGCGUACAUUGGAUCUGUUUUGUCCGGGGAGAUCCGUUACUGGCACGAUUGCUGGGCCCUGUACACUGCACUGCGUCGGGAGAAGGAAGUUGGAUCCGAAGAACGGAUGGAAUUACUCCGAGCGCUCGGGGUAACGAAGGAUGCCUGGCUGCAGAACCGGCUGCUGUCGCACGUGAUAACACUGCCCGUGACGGAGAUCGUUCAGGUGCUGCAGGCGAUCGCUGGUACGCCUACCGGAGGGGCGAUGGCCUGUCGGUUCCUGCAGGCCAAGUGGAUUGAUUUCCAAUCGAAGCUGGGGAAGGGAAGCGUCAACUUUGCCCGGGUGAUAUCGGCCAUCACGCAGUACGGUUCGACCAAGUUCGAUUACGAUGAGCUAAAAUCCCUCGUGGAGCGUUUUGGCGACGGACCGGGCAUGAAGAUCCUUAACAUGACCCUAAGCAUGGUGGCGGCUAACGUCGAGUGGGUCAGCCGUUCGCAGGCGUCCAUCUACAGUUGGAUCGAGAGCAAGUUCCACUUGGAUAAGUGAAACGAAUCAACCAACCAGCAGAGAAGUAAAAGAAGCCACAAACGAGAGGAAUUUUACGAAAGUGUAAUGCAGUAAAACCAGAAGAUAGGGAAACAAAAAUGAUAUACAUCUAUUUUUUAGUUUUUCCUUUUUCGAAUCUUUAGGAGAGACAAACCAAACAAACAAACAAACAAACGGCAGAUUCAAUCGAGCAAAACAAACCAGAACAAAUCUAAGUAGACAAACAAAAAAAAACAAAGUGAGACCGAGACCGGUAUGAAUGUUUUCUAGAAAGCGAGCGCGAAAUUUGAAGCUAAGAAAAUCAGAAUGCAUUUAUCUGUAGUACAAUCUCUGGUAGAAGAAUUUUUAAUCUAACUAUAAAAACGGAACAAAUCUUCCAAAGACAGAAAAGCUAACAAAACAAACAAAAAACGGAAACAUGUGCGAUAAAGCUUUUACAGCUUGUUUGACUUUUUGAGUUUACUACGCUCGACGUUUCCUGCGUUCCAUUUAUCCAUAGUUUCAUAUAGCCCGAGCCGAUAGCAAACAACACUUCAGAUGAGAAGGGACUGAUUUGUGUAACAUAGGAGCAAACAUGACGUUUAUUAUACAUUAGUCACACCCACAGAUACACACACACACACUCAUCGCAUCGAUUUCAAUGCUCUUGACAGUGAGAAAAUUCUAUUGCGUAGGAUUAGGAGUAGAUCGGAAGGACGACGAAAAAAGACGCACCGUAACAAGAAGCAACUACUUAGCUCUCGAUGAGACGUUUAUUCCCUUCAUCAGUUCUAAAUGUAGAGAAAGUAAAAAACAAAGUGGUGCACCACAGACAAGUGGACCUAGCCUGCAAAAUCCAACAGUUAACAUCAUCAUCGCAGUAGGUUCGGAGGGGUCCACUUGUCGGUGGUGGAUGCAAAGAAAUGGAUUUGACACGUAAACGCCCCCUAAACGUUUUCCGUUCCUUUUGUAUCCACAGGCGGGUGAUAAAUUGUUCAACUGUACUUUUAGUUGAUGAGAAAGAGAAUGAAAAGCUACGAACAACAAUUAUGACGAAAAACUCUAGACAAAUUGAUUUGAUUGCGUUCGCGUGUAUAUAAAAGAAAAAUGUAUAUGGAAACAAGUACGCCAUCCCCUCUCUAUAUUAAUGAUGAUUUCCUUAAAACAAACCGGGAGCACGAAAGACGCGUGAAGUGGCAACAAACGGAAAGAAGGUCAAAACAGAAACUUGACCUACAGGUGUGUGAUAUGGGUGGCGGUUCCGGACGACCUCGAAGGGAACCGAAUUUAAGCAGUAUUAACGGAAAUGGCAAACAGAUUCUCUAAUCUACUAAGCAGAGGCAGAAAUAAGCGUUUCUCAGAAUAUAUUUACGUUACAGAAAUUUAAAGUUACCAGGAAGGAGAUUAAACAUUAUGUGACAAAAAAAAUGCUAAUAAAUGUUCGGUAUCAGAGUAAACUAUAAUUAACUUUGUUGCUUCUCUUUUCCUGUAAUGAUCGUUUUCCUCCCCGAAAAAAAAACCGAAGCUGUAACGUUCUCCAUUCUUCGUUUAGUGUUCACUGAACUUAUUUAACUAAACAUCAACUAUGGAAUCGCUGACUCGUUUUGAAAUUCAAUGCAAUGACCCUGAAGAAGGCUUCAAUGAAGAAUCGAAACGUGAUCAGGGAUUCCAUGCUUGAGGUUCUUCUCCAAAAUGGAAUCAUUCUCUCGCAAUAUCUGUAAUAGGUUUUUUAAACAGCAAUGCUCAGUAAGAAAGCUGUGUAGCAAUAUAUAUAUAUAUCUAUACAAAAACACACACAUAUACGAAAAAUAGGUUCGAUUUUUUUCCUCUUUAGACUACAUGAAACAGUCGAUGAUGGAUUAGGUUUUUAAUCAAUACGCUUAUCAAACGCAUUCAAGCUUUCAGCAAACAUAACACAACCGAACACACAAAACGCAACCGGAUGAUGAAUUGCAGAUGAUAAUAUUUUCUACUUCAGUUGGUGCAUCUCGUCAGUUAUGAAAACCAAUAUUUAACCGCAAACUGUGUUAAGAAAAUGAAAACAAAGCCAGAAACUAACCGAAGGCCGAGUAUAAAGAUUUCGUGUGCUAAGUUUUGUGUCAUAUUAUCGUAUAGAGAUUAUUAUGUAUAUUAUGCAAAAUAGUGCAGAUCGCGGCAGCAGCAGCAGCAGCAAGUAAAUAGUCGGCUGUACUCUACAAAAAGAGAUAAGUAGGAGCGGAAGCAAAAGCAAAAGAACGAUAGUUUGAUUUGAAGUGAAGGCAGAUGGAAGCAUUUUUUGUUGAUUUUUUUUUUUAAACUAUCAACUGGUCGACCGACGAAAAAAGCGAAGAAAACCGAAACAAAGCGAACCCAACAACCAGAAGCGUGUCGUAAAACAUUGUGUCAAAAAAAAAGAACGUUAAUAAAACACUUCAAUCUGUAAAA